UGUAUAAUGGAAAGAGAGUGAUCUUUCACUAUCAUUCACAUAAUAAUUGUUCAAUUCUCUGGAUUUUUGAUUUUAUUUUGUCUUCGAAUCAUUUCGAACUCCUAAACACAUUUGCAUUAAAUAAACAUAUUAACGUAUUAAUAUGUUUGGUAAGAAAAAAGAGUCGAAACGAUCAAGACCAGUUGGUGAUUUAGAACAGUAUGGUAUCUUCCAAGUACCUGAUAUAAAUAUUGGCAAUAUUGAUGAUAAUAUGAUAGAAGAUGAUGGCAACGACGAAGACUUAGAGGCUGAAUUAGCUUCUUUGGCAGCUGGUAAUGAUACAGGCUACAAAAGUAGACGCAACAUUACACGCAAAGCUGUUACUGAUGUUAAUUUGGACGAAAUGGUAUCUGAGUCCAUUAAAGAUAUAAAUUCUGAUGAUGAAUCAUCUGAAGGAAACGAUGAUCCUGCAUUAUUGAAAGAGUUGCAGAUGCUCACAGGAAAUGAAAUUGUAACAGAAGAGACGGAAAUGCCAGAGAUAAUGGAGGAAGAACAAGCAGAACCUAAUAAAUGUGAAUCUACCAUAGAAGAAAAUAAUUCUAUGCAUGAAAUGAUCAAAAUAUUGCAAGAAAGGUUAACGACUUACGAAAUAGCCGAACAAAAAGCAAGGAAAGAAAAUGAAUCUGGCAAGGCUAGAAGAUAUAGCAGAGGUGUCAGAACGCUCAAGGAAAUGUUGGUUUCUGCACAAUCAGGUGGAAUCAUAAAUGAAGCUGAUAUUCCUCCAUUGUUGCCUCCUUCCGCUACUGCAGAAUCUACAAUUAAAGAUACAGUAAAAGAAAUAUCUUCACCAACUGAAGUUAAUGAAUCAUCUACAUCAGAUUUAAAUGAUGGUCUUUCUGAACCAAUAGUAGAUGUCACAGUUGAUCAGGAAGCUUUGAAUAAAUUAAAAGAGCAACAACAAAAAUAUAAGACUGCUGCAGUUGCUUGGAAGAAAGCAGGUAAUAAAGAGCAAGCACUGCAAUAUGUGAAAACUGUGAAACAGUUCGACAUAGUUAUUGCUGCAGUUGCUAUGGGUGAAAAGCUUGAUUUAUCAGAUAUGCCUUCUACUCCAACUUUACCAUCUCCAGUAGAUAUAUCAGUAAUAAAAGAAGAAAGCGAAAUUCAGCAACAAGCUUCUACAGAUAUAGCUAACUCACAAGCGAAGCUCGGUCUCGAAAACAUUGAAGGUGCUCUUAAAGAACGUUUGGAAGUAUAUAGAAGAACGAAAGUGGCGGCUGAAGCUGAGGGUAAUACUUCUAAGAUACGCAGAUACAAUAGAAUUUGCAAACAGUUUGAGAAUGCUAUUAAGUUAUACACAAGUGGAAAGCCAGUACUUCUGGAUGAACUUCCUGUGCCACCUGGUUUUCCACCAUUGCUAUCUAAUCUGCAGAAUAAUGAUAUUACUACGCAGUCUGCAGUUCAGCCUAAGUCAUCUGAAGAUAAUAUUGUAACAAAGCCUGUGCCACCAAAAGCAUCCAUCUCUUCUCCUAAAGCAGGACAGAAACCAAGUCACAAGAUUACAUCGCGUGCAGAAAAGCAAAUGUUACAAUUACAAUUGCGGCAGCGCGAAUUGAAGCAAGCUGCUUUAAAUGCAAAGCAAGAUGGGGAUAUGGAUUUGGCGCGUGAUUAUCUAAAGCAAGCUAAAGGGAUACAACCUUUAAUUGAAGCUAGCAAAGCUGGAUUACCUGUCGAUAUGAAUUCGAUCCCAUUAUCGCCUCUUGAAAAAGUAGAACUUAAUAUGUGUCAGAAAGAUGAAAAUUUUAUAUUGGUAUCUGCCGAGGAUUUUUUGGAAGGUGGGAGCGGAACAGAUGAUCAAAUUUACGAAAAUCUUGAAACUCAAUUAAUUAAACAAAUUAAGUGGUGCUUAUCUACACGGGACCACUCAAAAGCAUUGGGUGAUGUUUCUGCAUAUAAUAGAUGGGAACGACUCGCACUCGGUUACACGCGAGAUUUAGAUAUGCUAAGAGUUCGAAAACGCGAUUUACUGCCACCACCUCAACAUCAUUACGAAAUGAAAACCUAUCAAAUAGUACAGAGUUGCACAGAUUUAAACGACAGUGAUAUCGAAAUUUCUAUAAUUAGAGGAAUUAAUUAUCCUCGAGAGGCAGAUACAUAUGUUAUGUUUGAAUUCCCAUUUCCGUCGGAUAAUCAUCCCGCGGAUAGAACAUCAACAAUCAAAGAUUCUGCCAAUCCUGAAUAUCAAGCUGUAUUUCUACUGAAUGGGAUUAUAAAUCGCACUUCCAGACAGUGUCAAAGAGCCUUCAAACGACAUGCUUUAAAAUGUGAAGUUUGGGCAAAAGGAUGUUCACUGAAUCCCAUUUUAUGCUGCUCUCACCCCAGAGGCUUCUUCCGAAGUGAUAGUCUACUUGGUACAGUAAUGGUUAAGUUACAACAUCUUGAAACCCAGUGCAUUCUACAUGAUUCCUUCUCGCUUAUGGAUGGCAGAAAAGCAACGGGAGGAAAACUAGAAUUAAAAAUCCGGCUCAGAAAUCCAAUUCUUUUUAAACAAAUAGAAAAUGUCACAGAUAAAUGGUUAACUAUUGAUCAAUGAUGGAUGAUUGGAUGCAAUUCAUUAAUUUAUCAAUAAUUUGUCAUUUUGGAAUCGUGGGGCCUUUAAAAAUAUUGUGCAUCGAGAAUAGAUUACUGCAUUUUUUAAAUAUAUAUAUAUACAUACAUACAUACAUACAUACAUACAUACAUACAUACAUACAUACAUACAUACAUACAUACAUACAUACAUACAUACAUACAUACAUACAUACAUACAUACAUACAUACAUACAUACAUACAUACAUGCAUACAUACGUACAUGCAUACGUACAUACAUACGUACAUGCAUACAUACAUACAUACAUACAUACAUACAUACAUACAUACAUACAUACAUACAUACAUACAUACAUACAUACAUACAUACAUACAUACAUACAUACAUACAUACAUACGUGCAUACGUGCAUACGUGCAUACGUGCAUACGUGCAUACGUGCAUACGUGCAUACGUGCAUACAUGCAUAUAUAUAAAUGCAUACAUAUAUAAUAGUAAAUAAGAUGCAAAAAUGUAAAUAUUCUAUAUAUUACAACAAAUGAGCUAUAUGCAAUUUAUAAUAUAUAUAAGUGCGAUAUAAAAAAGUUUUGAAUACUUUUUGCUUGUAAAGUAAAAAAUGCUUUUAUCGAGAAAAUUAUAUUUAUUUAUAUGUAAUGACUUGAAAAUAAUUAUUUGAAAAAUAUUAACAAAAAAUUAUUUACAGUUAUAUAACACAAAAUACGUAUUAUAUACAUUAUAUAUACAUAAUUAUUUUAAAAUGUUUAUAUAUGUUUUAUAUGUGGAUACGUAUGUGUGCGCGUAAGCGUAUGUGUAUGUACUAAAAAUCUUUCGAUACGACAUACAAUUUUACAAAGUGUCUGCUAAAAAAUUUUAUUUGAAAAGAUUAGUUCAAAAAUAGAACUGAUUAAAUAGGAUUCGUAAUAUGCAAUACUGUUGGCAGACAUAUAGCAACAUAAAUUAUGACGACAGUUUUAAAGAGAGUCAAAAAAUCUUGGAAUUUUUGCAAUAUAGAUUGGCGAUAGAAUACAAGUUCAAUGUGAAUAUAUUUGACGCCAAUUUGCUACUACAUUUUGACUAAAACAGCUAGCAAACUGUUAACUUGCUAGUUGCUAAUGUUUUGCUUAUUUUGUAGAUCUUGUUAAUAACAUACAAUUCUAAAAAA